UUGUAUGGUUUGUUUAGCAGGAAAUGGAUGACGACGAUAUUGUUUUUCUGGAGGAAGUCUCUCCGUGUGACUCUGGCAGAAACGUUGCACCUGUUGUGAAGGAAGAUUACGAUCUUGAAGACGGAGAAAUUGAUUCAGAUGAUGAUCUGAUUCCCCCUCCCCCGAAGCUGAAAACUGCAUGUGAUGAAGACUGGGACAUUCCUCCACCCCCUGUUCUGAACCAAUUAUUGCGAGCAGUAGUACAGAGCAACGAAUAUGAUGAUUUAUCCGAUGGCUUCGAAUCCCCCGUCUCGACCAAAAUUUCUAAUUCGGACCCUGUCAAUCAAGAAACGGAAAAUUUUUCGGAUGGCUGGGAAUCACCUGUGGGAGAAACUGACAAUAAGGAGCGUGAAUGUUCAGUGAGCAAUGAAGAAAGCGACCAACAUAAAUUAGACUUACCUCAAGCCACUCCAUCGGAGCCUCCUUUCCAGGGAUUAUCCGAAGUUCCUUGCACCACAAUUUCAAAUGAAGCAGUUACCACACCACCUGAGUCUGCCAACGAGAGUGCUUCGUUUGUUCAGGAUGAACAUAGUGAUACUUCUGCAGCACCAUGUGUUGCUGUAGCUCGGAAAUCAUGUGAUUCAUCUCCUGCACGAUGUUCGCAAGAGAUUUCGGAUGUCCAAAGCUUGAUGGACUUGGUAGAACAGAACUCCGUCGACGUUGUUCGAAGUGGAGGUUUAUUCCCAUCACUUCGCGCAGCUGAUGCAGAUUCGCAAGAAGUUGACUUGAGCACUCCUCCGAAUCCAACCCAAUGCGAUUCAUCUCCUGCACAAUGUUCGCGAGAGAUUUCGGAUGUCCAAAGCUUGAUGGACUUGGUAGAAGAACAGAACUCCGUCGACGUUGAAAGAUACGUUAAAGCGCCCAUCAAAUUACUGACUGGAGACAAGCUGUUCGUCUGUCCUGGUGUAGAUGAUGGUUUUCAUUGUGGAAAGCUUUUUCAGUUUGCCCACAAACUCCGUGAACAUUGGGGGGAUGAGUGUUCGGCAAUGGCAUGUGAAAUUCAUUGCCCCCAUUGCACCAAAAAAGCUUCAUUCGUGGAUAUUGAUCAGUAUUAUGACCACCUUUUGGCACAUGCGGAAGAUCCGCAAUGUGUCUGCAGUGUGUGUGGACUCUUAUUCAGAGACAAUCAUUCUUUGAAUAUCCGCGGGCAUUGGUUUAAGAAGCAUCAAGAAAUAGAAGGGCUCCCAAAUUUGUGGCCCAUGACCAAUUUGGAAGAUGCUUCUGCACUUGUUGGCCGUAGAUUGCAAAUCGACCAUAAUUUGAGUCGUGGCCCAUUAUUUGCUGUGCUGGCGAACUUUAAAUUGGAGAGGAACGAACUGCUCCGUGAUUUUACUGGAUUACCGGAAUGCUUGCCUUUCAAGUGGUUAUGUGCAUGCUGCAAUUUCACUUCGAAUUUGUCUGCAGAUAUCCAUAAACACGUGAAGCUUCAUUUGCAAGAAACUAUUGAUCCGUUGAUUGGAAGUUCGUUUGGAUCAGACCAAUGUUUGCAUCCGAAUGCAUCAACUGAGUCGGAGGCGCCAGAUAUUCCAUAUGUUAGUGAAGACUUCAGGUACAUGUGCGGAUGCGGCUAUCACUUGACAUCUGAAAUUGAGCUGCACUACCACUUGGAACUGGUGCAUGCUGAUUCCGAUGACGAGUUCCAAUGUCCGCAUUGCCCAUCGUACGCAAGUGUUUCAAAAGCAGAUUUCAUCGACCACCUGAAACUGCACGGACCGCGCUUGUAUCGAUGCACAUCUUGUUCAGUGUAUUCGAUCAAUGGAGAUGUAAUGAAACAACAUAUCGUCGAAAAGCACGGUAACGGUGGACAAAGUCGGGAUGCGGAUAUCGUUGUCAUACGGGAUGCCAACUUGAAUGCGUUACAUCUCAAAGACAAGCAUCCCGGAUUUAUUUUCUGCAGUACUCUUCAACGAUUUGUUGAGCAGCUGCAGAAGGAUGUUGAAUCUGAACCAAAACAAAGAGAUAACCUCCGAGAUGAUGAUUCAGUCACACAGCGCAUGUUGAAGCUCAAGCUAAGGUUCAAAGACUCGAUGAAAUAUUUUCAGGACAUUAUUCGUGUUGCUCCAAAAAAUGGUGAUUGGGAUACUUGUUUGAAGCAAGCGGAGAACAUGACUCUGAUAGAGUUCCCGGGCGAUGAUCCGAAAAACCUGGCGGAAUUCCUGCGCGAGCGACUGAAGGAUACGAUUUUAUGGUCGGGUGAUCACACUCUGUGAAAGUCGGGUUUUUUAAUUUUCCGAAUUGUUUUGAACGCUAUUGUUGUACUUGUUUUGAAUACAUAAAACAAUGUUCGUGAGGCAUUUACGAAAGAAA